CCGCCCUCAAUCAGCUGAUCUCCAACUGCUCCAGACUUUCUCGUCCUCUCGCGUCGUCUCAGAUCGGUAAAUUACGUUAGAUUUCCACCCCAAGGGCGCAUAAGAUAUCGGUCUAGGUGCUGUGGGAGUUUCGUGAAGGACUGCGCCUACAGCCGCACCAGCCCCAAUGGAAUGCCCGUGUUUGUUCAGUGCGUCAUGCCUCCGACCUGGCAGAGCUGCCAGAGACCCACGAGAUGCUGAGAAAGACUUGCCGAGACUUUGCUGAGGCAGAACUUGUCCCCAUAGCUUCAGCAGUGGACAAGCAGAGCAUGUUCCCCAAGGAGCAGGUAAAGACCAUGGGCGAGUUAGGACUCAUGGCGCUGCCUGUCCCUGAGGAGUACGGGGGAACCGGCAUGGACUACCUGGCCUAUGCUAUUGCCAUGGAGGAAAUCAGCAGGGGCUGUGCCACGGCAGGCGUGGUCAUGAGCGUCAACAAUUCUCUUUACAUCGGCCCUUUGCAGAUGUUUGGCUCAGAGGAGCAGAAACACCAGUGGAUCACGCCCUUCACCACGGGCGAGCGUGUCGGCUGUUUCGCUCUCUCAGAGCCUGGUAAUGGCAGUGAUGCAGGUGCAGCCUCCACCACAGCCAAGGAGCUCACGGCUGACAAGUUCCUCCUGAACGGUACCAAGGCCUGGAUCACGAACGGCUAUGAGUCGGAGGCCACUGUGGUCUUUGCAACGACCGACAAGGCAAAGAAGCACAGAGGAAUCUCGGCCUUUGUUGUGCCCAAACCCACGGAAGGCCUGUCUCUCGGCAAGAAGGAGGACAAGCUGGGCAUCAAGGGCUCGUCCACGUGCAACUUGAUCUUCGAGGACUGUGCCGUGCCUGCCGCCAACUUGCUCGGUCAGCCGGGCAUGGGCUUCAAGAUCGCCAUGGUGACUCUUGAUGCAGGAAGGAUUGGUAUUGCAGGCCAAGCUCUUGGCAUUGCACAGGCAUCCCUGGACUGUGCAAUUGACUAUGCAAGCAAGAGGUUAGCCUUCAAUGCUCCCAUCUUGAAAAUGCAGACCAUUCAGAACAAAAUUGCAGACAUGGCCCUUAGAAUCGAGUCAUCUCGCCUGCUAACGUACAAAGCUGCAGCUCUUAAGGAUGAGGGAAAACCGUACUCUAAGUUGGCAGCCAUGGCCAAGCUCUCGGCCUCAGAGGCAGCUACCUUCUGCGCACACCAGGCCAUCCAGAUCCUUGGUGGUAUGGGCUACGUGAGUGACAUGCCCGCAGAGAGGCACUACCGUGAUGCACGCAUCACUGAAAUCUACGAGGGCACGUCAGAGAUCCAGAGGCUGGUCAUUGCGGGCAACCUCAUCAAAGAGUACCAGGCUCUGUAGGAGGGGAGAAGCAAGACUGGGGGAUAGAGAGGAAAUAAAACUAUUGGGGAAAGGGUACUGGAAAUUGACAGGAAGAAAAGAUUGACAGAAAACAAUGUGAAAUGACAAAGGGGUUGUGGAAUAUUCAAAAGAAACAGCAAAUACUCUGUGCAUUUUUGUAUGUCAGAGGAAUUCUCAUUGCCUAUAGAAUUCUUAUCUGUUAGCAAAAGGAAUUCUGUAUUUAUACCAAGAGCUAUAAAAGCCACCAUGCAGUGGAAUGAAAAAUAAGAUGUUUUUUUUGUAUAUAUACUUAUGAAAGAUUUUAAAUUCAUAUAAAUACUGUAUAUACACAAAUGCUAUAUGUGGAUAUAUAGACUCAGUCAUAUAAAUAAACCUUUGGAAUUUUAUACAUGUUGAGAUACAAUUUUUGUAUGAAUAUCCUACUGAAAUUCUUUGUGCUAAUUGUACAUUUUAAACUUUCUGUCUCACAGUUUAUUUACAACUUGCAACGUAUCAAUGCAAUAUUAUCCUUGUACAGUUAUUUGCAGAGUUUAAUUUAAAUAAAAUAUAGAUUUGUU